AUGUUUUGUUUUCUGAUUUUUAAGCGCCAACUCCCUUUUGGCAAAGUCUUCUAUUAUGAGACAUUCGAUAGCAAGAAUGUAACUGAUAGAUGGAUACAGUCAGAAGAUGAAAAAUAUGAUGGCGAUUGGGGAAUUGGAGAUACUUUUCCUCCACAUGGGCGAGAAAAUGAGAAAGCUCUUAUUCAAAAGACGAGAAAUACACAUUUAGCUAUAUCCACAAAAUUUAAAAAUCCUUUACCAUCGAAAAAUCGAUCUUUAAUUAUUCAAUACGAAUUUAGAGCUCAGCAUUCAUUUACUUGCAGUGGAGCAUACAUGAAACUGUUUACUGGUAGUAGUUUUGAUCCCAAAAAGAUGAAUGACAAGACUCCUUGGGUUAUUUUAUUCGGACCAGACAGAUGCUCUUCAAAACAGAUCAUUCAGUUAAUAUUUAAUCUUUACAAUCCUAUUCUCAAGCAAAUGCAAGAGCGAAGUCUCAUAGAUCCUCCGAAAUUUCCAAUUGAUUACUUUAAUCAUAUAUAUACUUUAAUAAUCAGGCCAACAAAUACAUACUCCAUCUUAAUAGAUAACUCUGUUGUCAAAGAAGGCAGCUUAUAUACUGAUUUCGAUCCUCCAAUUGCUCCUCAAGAAUUUCUUCCAGAUCUUAAUGAUAAAAAGCCAAAAGAUUGGGUCGACAACAAAUUUAUCUUUACAUACGAAGAGGAUUCUCCAUCAGAAUCCCAAGAUCCAAUGAUUUUGGAUCCAUCCAAAUUAGAUAAACCUUUGGAAUGGAAUGAGGACGAACCAGAGCUUAUUCCCGAUGUAAACGCAGUUAAACCAUCCCAAUGGAACGAGAAAAUCCUAGGAGAAUGGAGACCUCCUUUGAUUAAAAAUCCAAAAUGCGAAAAAGGAUGCGGAAAAUACUCUCCUCCUUUAAUUUCCAACCCACAAUAUGUCCAUAAAAAGCCAUAUACAAUCAAUCCAGAGUAUAAAGGGCCUUGGAAACCGAAACAAAUUCCAAAUCCAGAUUAUUACAAAGUUCAAAGUCCAUCACAGCUUCCUACAAUGACAGGAAUUGGAUUUGAGAUAUGGUGUACUAACAAGGAACUUGCUUUCACCAAUAUAUUGAUCGCUCAUGACGAAGAUGAAAUAAUUCGACGGAAUGGAAUUGAUUUUUCUGUGAGAAAAAACAAACAAAUUGAACAACAUUUGAAUCAAUCGAAUACUAUCAAAGAUGAUGAUCAAAAGAACGCGAACUUGUACUAUAUUGUUGUUCCUAUUGUAGUUAUCAUUGUUUGUGCUUAUUCUUUGAUUAUUUGGAUUGUUAUUAGAAAGAAAAAUUCAAAAAAGAAAUCAAAGAAAAAUAUAUAG